AUGGCGGAGAGUUUUGGCGGCGACGGCCGAGCGGCCCGUCCCUCAGGGGACUCGGGGCAGGUGUGGUGCCUCAAGCGAGCGGGGAUGGGCGACGAGUGGCUGCUGCUGGAGGCCGGCAGCGAGGUUACUAUAGGUCGUGGAGCUGGUGUCACGUACCAGUUGAUGUCAAAAUCCUGUCCAUUGAUGAUCUCACGGAACCAUUGUGUGUUCAAGCAAAAUACUGAUGGCCAGUGGACAGUGACAGAUAAUAAGAGUCUGAAUGGUGUCUGGCUAAAUUUUGAACGCAUUGAUCCAUCAAAGGCCUAUCUUCUACAAGAAGGUGACUUUAUUCAGUUAGGAGUGCCUUUAAAACAUAGAGAAACAGCUGAAUAUGAAUAUACGUUAAUAAAGGAUGAAUGGAAGAAAGUUAGUCCCCUUUUAGCAUUGAAAAAUGACCAGCUGACUGAGAAAAUGAAAGAUGUGAGGGCUAAACGUAAAGUUAGCUUGGAGGAAGUAGACUCUUCAGGUGUGGAAGGACCUUCCAGUUUCAGGUCUAAGAGAGACAGGCUGUCCUCUGAUGCUGAUUCUUUAGGGAAAUCUGAGGCAGUCGGUACAGAAUUGUCCAAACAACCAACAGAAAACAUGGAUGUAGUGCUACCUCCUCCAAGACCGAGCAAGAAGGAGAAGAAGAAAAAUCACUGUAGCGUUGUGCAAGUUGGGAAUGCUGCAUCUCCCAUCUCUAAGGACCUAAAAGCUCCCAGUUUGGCACAGUCUUGGAGUGGUUUGGAAGAAAUAAUGAAAACACUGGCGGAAAUGACAAAGUUAAAAGCCAAGAUGCAGGAGAAGCAGACAGCUGUCUUGAACGUGAGGCAGAAGAAGAAGAAGUGUACUCCAAAAGACAUCCAGGUUUUAGAGCAGGAGUUGCAAGACUUGCAGGACCAGCUCUGCACUGAGCAGGAGCAACAGCAGCAGAGAGUGGAACAGUUGGAAAAGACCUAUGAGGAACUAGAGGGAACGGAGGAACAAGGAGAAGAGAAACUGAAAGAACAACUGGCCCAGGUCCUGGUGCAGCAUCGUGCGCUGAUGGAAGAACUGAGCCGUAGCAAAAAGGACUUUGAAGAAAUAAUUAAAGCCAAGGAUAGGGAGUUGAAGGAAACCAAGGAGGAGAAAGAGAAGGCAAGAGCACAGAAGGAGGAGGCUUUGAACCAGAUGAAUGAUGUGCUGGAGAAUGAGUUGCAGUGUACAAUUUGCUCUGAACACUUUAUUGAGGCUGUCACUCUGAACUGUGCACACAGCUUCUGCUCCUAUUGCAUCAAAGAAUGGAUGAAGCGCAAGGUGGAAUGUCCAAUCUGUAGAAGGACAAUAUUGUCCAAGACCCGAUCGCUGGUUCUAGACAACUGUAUCGACAGGAUGGUGGAAAACCUGGAUAUUGAGAUGAAGCACCGUCGCCUGGCACUCAUCAAAGAACGAAAAGGGAAGCAAGUCGCUCUGGAGAGCCCAGCAUCAGAAAGUGAAAGCAGUAGUAUCACCUCUUUCUCAGACAGUGAGAGCAGUAGUGAUACCUCAACAUUAGACAGUGAGACUAGCAGCCUUACCUCUGUUCGCUCCAUCCUGUCAAUCAGCAGCGAUGAAAGUGAUGACUACGAGGGGGACUCUGAUAGUCAGCACGUUAUCUGA